AGAUGAGUGGACGGUUGCUUUGCUUUGCUUUGAUAUUGUAGGUAUUGAACUUGUUAUUGGAUUUGCUAGGAAAGUAAUUAUCUUUUUAGCUUAUUUUGUGUGAUAAUAAUGACUACUUUUUUGUGACUGAAACCAUGUUAAGUCAAACUUCUACUGAGGCGUUGCUUUCAGCGACCUACGUAGAAAAUUACCUAGAUUGUGUUGAAAAUCUUCCAAACGACCUGCAACGACAUUUAUCUCGACUUCGUGAGCUUGACGUAACGUAUAGAGAAUGCAUAAGAGAUGCUGAGACUCACUUAGCAGUAUGCAUCGGCCCCAACACUGAAGAAAAACGCCGUGGGAGAGCUGCCCUACGCCUGCAGGCUGCAUUGGUAGCAGCGCAAGAAAUCGGAGAUGAGAAGCUACAAGUUGUGCAACUUACACAAGAUCUUAUUGAUAACAAACAACGAUCGUUAGAUGCUGAUCAUAAAAAACUUAUUUCUUGCCUUGAUGUAAACACAAAUGGCACGGCAAAAGAGAGUACGCCACCUUCAGAAACACACCGUGGUACAGAGAAAGACACCAGCAUAGCACAAGUGCCACAACAACAUGCACCACCCGCUCCACCACCUGAACGAACCAAUGAAAAGGAAAAGGAGAAAGUGGACAAAGAUAAAUCUGGGGGAGAGCGAUGGUCGAAGAGAGCACGGCGGUCUAGAACGACAGCAGGGGCAGCUACAGACGGCGCAGAUUCGAGUGAAAGAGACAGCGAAAGGCACGCGCACAAUACAACACACAAAAAAGGCAUUGGUAAAAAGAAGAAACGCAAAGCCCGUCAAGCGGCCCAACGUUCAGAAACUCCUCCAGGAGACGCCGAUCAGAUUGAUCCUGAUGAGCCUAGAUACUGUUUGUGUGACCAAAUCUCCUUUGGCGAGAUGAUCCUAUGCGAUAACGACCUCUGUCCCAUAGAGUGGUUCCACUUCUCUUGUGUCUCGCUCACCACUAAACCUAAAGGGAAAUGGUUUUGUCCCAAGUGCCGCGGUGACAGACCCAAUGUGAUGAAACCAAAAAGUCAAUUCCUUAAAGAACUUGAACGAUAUAACAGGGAAAAGGAAGAAAAGGCAUAGUGAUUAUGCUAUCAUUAGUUGUAAGGCGUCCAUGGAUCUUUAAAUGAGAGUAUGUGCCUUAUCAAUCAAUGUUUAAUUAAAAGAAGCAUGUCUACAGAUAAUGAAGAAAUAUCUUAUAAAUAAAUGUAGGAAGUUUCAAAAGGUACAUACAUUCCACUCAUUUUUGGUCCAUAGUAGGCAGAUUAUUAUACUGCUCAUCAUCAACUUAAUAAAGAGUAUUUGAAAUGUGAUUUCAGUUUAUGUAAUUGACGAUUAUUUCUUUUUAUUAAAUGAUAUAGUCUUAAGUCUUGAUUGAAUAAUGCUUGAUGGUUCAGAAGAAUCUCUUAUGUUCGAAAUGGUUCCAAUUACAUAAUUCUUUUGUCUGUAUCUAUAUUGUGGCCGUAAUUGACUAUAAUAUAUAUUUGACUCUUAUCCAGUUCUAACGUGUUAAUUGAAUUGCAAUAUUAUAUUUUUAUGAAUAAUAAUAUUAUGUAGUACAUGAAUAGAUAUUGGUUAUGACGAAUAAUAUAUUUUUGUCAUAGUCAUAUUGUGUUAUUACUGUGAGGUUGUAUGUGCUACAUUACGGACAACCUGUGGUUGCUAACAAGUUUAAUUUCAUAUAUUCGAAAUAAAAAAUAAAUAUGUUUUUUUU